CAACGGGAUGUUAUUGGCCGAUCGCCGUGACACAUGCCCGCGUGUAUUGCAAUCGAAGAUCUAAUGAGAGACGUUGUUUAUCGCGGCGAUAUGUGUCAUUUGCGUGCAAUUAUAGACAAUUGAAUCCUCCGAUCGCCGACAGUUGUUUUAGAUCCUUGACUGGUGUACUUUUUUUUUAACACAAAUCGGCGAACGUGAAAGCGUUAAUUCUUUCAACACAUCGUUCACGACACGUGUGGUGCGUUAAAUUUUAUUUGGUGAUCCGUUCGACUAUCUGAUAGUCUGGUUUCCUUGGUGCUCGAAUGAAUAUAAUAUGUAAACUUGUUACAAUUGUACGAUUAUCUAAUCGAGUUUACAAUAAGUUGUAACAAUGUACUCGCGAUAACUAUUCAUUUUGCUCGUCUGCCACGUGUUUGUGCUUGGAUUCGAAGAUCGGUGUGGACAAGCAGUGUUACCAUCGAUUGAUUGUGGUCCCCUGUAAAACCCAUCAAGCUUUGAUGGGCUUGUCACGUGUCGGUAGGACGUUUGUAAGCUCGAGAGUCAUCGAGUAACGAAGAGCAUCGUUCUGGAAUUGACUAGUCGAGAUCUGCGGUGAAUGAUGGUUCUUUCGAUCUAUCAUGAUUCACGUUGAAAGAUCGAUUUGAAAGGAAAAACUACGAAGUUUUCAUUUCGGAAUUUAAAUGCAGCUGCGCGUUGGAAAAUAGAAAGGAUUAAAUUUGUCUCGACUCAUAAAAAAAUUCAAUUUUUAUAAAAAUUAAUAUUUUACAUCAAGAGCAAAAGAAGAUUGAUCUCCAUCAAUUCGCCACGAAAGUGUAAAGAUCAAAAGAACAAACAAAUCAGUCGUCAAAUUUUUAUGACAAUGCAAAACUCUACGGAGAAAUUUAAAGAGAAUUCUCACGUAUUUGACAUUUAUCUCAGCGCCAACAUUGGACAGAGAAGAUAUUAAAACUAACGAUACCUCGACAUCGACUCACUGACUUGCUCUGAAUUUUCCGAAGGAUUUUUAAGCUUCCAAGAACAUCAGAUCACAUCUAACAAAUUAUGCACUCUUGAAAGAUGCUCGCAAGGCUCUUUCGACUCGGCGGGUGAACCGAAUGGAAGGAUGUUUCAUCCGGUGUUCUGACUGCCUAUGGAUAUAUUCGGCCGUUGCAACGGCGGCGGCAGCGGAAGCACGGUAGCCGGAAGCGGUGCUGGCUCGGCGAGGACGUCGAGCAACGAGUCCGCCGGUGCUGGUAGUGGCGUCACGCCGAGCGGUACCAGCGAGAGCGGCAGCAACGCGAGUGGCAGGAUGCAGUUGACAGGAGCCUCGGCUCCUGGCGCGGCGGCCUCGCCGGAGUCGGGCGUCUCUCCGUUGACCGACGCCUACACCAAGAUGACCAGCGACAUCCUCGCCGAGAGGACCUUAGGUGACUUCGUCAGCGAGCAUCCCGGCGAGCUGGUUAGAACAGGCUCGCCGCAUUUGGUUUGCACCGUCUUGCCGGCGCACUGGAGGUCCAACAAGACACUUCCGGUGGCUUUCAAGGUCGUGGCACUCGGCGACGUAGGCGACGGUACCCUAGUGACCGUUCGUGCUGGAAACGAUGAAAACUGCUGCGCCGAGCUCAGAAACUCUACGGCUCUAAUGAAGAAUCAAGUGGCCAAGUUUAACGAUUUGAGGUUCGUCGGCCGGAGCGGAAGGGGCAAGAGCUUUACCUUGACGAUAACGGUGUCGACGACGCCACCCCAAGUCGCCACCUACACCAAGGCGAUCAAGGUGACAGUUGACGGGCCGCGCGAGCCGCGAUCCAAGACCAGUGAGUAUCACUUGCUGUCUCUUUUAGGGCAGCAGCAACAAUUUCACGCCUUCGCGUUCGCCUCGCAACGAGGCGGCCCGUUCUUUGCCUCGCCUCUGGUGGACCCGUUGCAACCUCUGCCGAAUCCGUUGCAACCGUUACCAAAUCCGCUCCAGCCGAGGGAUCCGUUGUCUUCCUUUAGACACGCGAUGCCCGGUAACUGUCAGAGCGUGCAACGGAAGGUUUCUCUAGACAUGUCACAGUUUGGCCUGACGGCGAGCAAUUCUUGGGGGUACGGCAGCACGGCCGGCUAUGCCGGCUAUCUUCCGGGCCCCUUGUCGUCGUGCGCCGCGCAGGCAUCAUUCCCACCCCCGCCGCCGCCCCCGCCGCCGCCACCGCCGUCAUCGACGUUGGCCACCUUCGCCGGCACGGCCUCCAUGAAUACGCCGACGGCACCGGACUCGACGGCGGGCUCCACCGUCACAUCCGGCAGCAGCAAUGCCGGCUCCACGCCGCAGCAGGACGCUUUCUCCGCGGUCUCGUCUCUCGUACCGGACACCACGACACCGGGCCAGUCUGACCCGCUGGAUCCGCUGAGCAGCCUCAUGACCGGCAGUUCCACCAGCCAGAGGUAUCAGGAUUACGUGUCGCCCAGAUCUCUGUCUACCGAUUCGAGCACGACCGAGAGCCCGGUGCACGAGGAGCAGGGCUUCGGGCAGAAUUACGGCAACUACUUUCCGACGCCCGGUGUACUGCCCAGCAUACUCUACUCCCAGCUUUACGGGAAUCAGUUCCAGAAUUCCGAGAGCGCCGAACAGAGGGCCGUCGCGGACAGUUGCAGCGUGAGGCAAGAAGAAGUUAGACCGGACAACAACGUAUGGAGACCGUACUGAGAGGCGGAGGAAGGUAGUUUCCCUUUCCAGCGAUUUGGUCGUCGAGAGACUGUACAACACUUGGAAGACGAGGGGAAAGUGACGCUUGGAAAAAAGUCGCUCUUGAAGCCCUCGGCUGAUAAUUGUAGUGAGACAUAGUGAUUCUUUGAAGAUUAUUCAAGUGUCAAGGAUGAUUCUUGACGACGAAUUAGUGGGCAUUAAAGACUUGAUUCGAAAGGAACUCGGGGACGAGUCCGAGCUCCUUGUACGCUCUUCCGGAAAGUUUCGGGAAAUUAAAAUUCUCUUACCGGUUGUGUUUCUCGCGCCAACGAAUCUUAGGGGAGUGAAUGAAGCGGGGGAGGAUUUGUAAUUAAGUGAGAGAGAGCGAGCGCAAGUGUGAAAGUGGUGUGAUGACGACGACUAUUAUAAUGAUAUCCGCAGAAUGUAUAUACGUGUACAUAGCUAGAUCACUAUCGUUUCAUCGAGUCAUUAUCAUUUUAAAACGCGACACGUCAUACAUUAAUUUAUUUCAUCGAUUACGUUUUCAUAGUAUAAUUGCGUCCGCUGCGGGAAUCGUGCAAUAUCGUCACAGCGCGACGAUCAGCUUCCCUUUCUCUCUGUAAAUAUAUAUCUUCCACGUUGGGCGUUCAGUUUCCGAUCCGCGAAGAUUUCCUUCCCCUUUAAAAAAAUAAAAAAAUAAAAAAAUAAAAAUAAGGAUACCUCUCGGUCUGUGAAGAAAUUUGGCUUUGCACUUUCGACGAGAGAUAAUCGCAGCGAUCUUGAAUUAUCUCGAAAGAUUGGCAGCAAAAGGCUGUCAACGUCGUGCGGUCACGUUCGGGUCAAGCCGACGAUAAAAUCGAAUGGGAUUCGAUUCGCGUUAGGUGAAAGAGUCUCGGCCGUUGCGCGGCGAGCGCGUGAAAAGCACUCGCGGGUAUUCAACGAAACGAAAUGAACGAACGUGCCAGCAUCGAAGACCUUACAUCGAAAUUUCCGCUGAAGAAACGAAACCUCGGGAAACGACUCGCGAAGCGAUUUCGCGAGGGGCACCGUACGCCCGUCGCCAGCGAGAAGCUUAUCCGUUUUUCAGUUUUCUUCUUUUCUUGUAAGCCGGCGACGGGCACUCUGCGCGUUUCCGAAAAUAAUUUCCGAUAUACAUAUCUACCGAUCUAUUGUUAUCGUAGUUUUUGACCGAGUCGAAGUAAAAAGUGUAUUUCAAAAUA